UGUUUGGGGCUUUUCCUGUUUGGCUGGAACCGCUUAUUAACCGGUGUCUCUUUUUCUUUCUCUCCCAUACGCUGCCCCGUGAUGGAUCGUGGUGCCUCGCCUGCGUGGUCUGCCCGGCUGGCUCCUCUCUGGCGCCAUCAUGACAACAGAGAAGAGCCCAGCGGCAGACGCUGAGAGUUCGGAGCAGCAGCAAGCGAAGGAGGAGGAGGAAGGAGCUGCCGAAGCACCCAAGGGAGAGGCCUCUCCGGAGGAAGGGGCACAGCAGGCCGCCGAGGGGCAGAAGCAGAAGGCCGCCGGCGGCGAUACGCAGGAGGAGCCGGGCAAGAAGGAGCGCCGUGCCGCCGAGGGCCGCGGCCUCUCCCGCCUCUUCUCCUCGUUUCUCAGGAGGCCCAAGUCUCAGGUGUCCGAAGAGGACAAAGACCCCGAUGCGCCCAAAGAGGACGGAGGUGACCAGAAAGACGCGGGGUUAGGAGCCAGCCCUGAUGAAGAGAUCCUGGUGAAGGCCCCGAUUGCAGCUCCCGAGCCUGAGCUGAAAACUGACCCGUCGCUCGAUCUCCAUUCCUUAAGCAGCGCAGAAACACAGCCUGCGCAGGAGGAGAGGAGGGAAGACCAGGAGCCGGACAGCAGAGACCUCGAGGGCAAGGAAGGAGGAGAAGCGAAGGAGGAGUGCACCAAGCCGGAGCCCAAACAGGACACUCCAGAGACCAAAGCUGACAAGGAUUUGAAAGCUGCCCAGAGAGCUGUAAAAAGACACAGAAACAUGUACUGCAAAGUUGUCUUGCUGGAUGACACCAUUUUUGAGUGUGCUGUGGAUAAACAUGCCAAGGGGCAGGAUUUACUCAAGAAAGUCUGUGACCACCUCAAUCUCCUGGAAGAAGACUACUUUGGUUUGGCCAUAUGGGACACGCCGACCUCCAGGACAUGGCUGGAUCCUGCCAAAGAAAUAAAAAAACAGGUUCAUGGAGGCCCCUGGGAUUUCACCUUCAAUGUCAAGUUUUAUCCACCAGAUCCCGCACAACUGACAGAGGAUAUAACGAGGUAUUACUUGUGUCUUCAGCUUCGACAAGACAUCGUUACGGGGCGGCUGCCUUGUUCCUUUGCCACUUUGGCUCUGCUGGGCUCGUACACAGUCCAGUCCGAGUUGGGAGACUACGACCCUGAUCUACACAGUGCAGAUUAUAUCAGUGAAUUUAAACUGGCCCCAAACCAGACUAAAGAGCUUGAAGAGAAGGUUGUGGAACUUCAUAAAACGUACAGAUCCAUGACUCCGGCCCAAGCAGACCUGGAAUUUCUUGAGAAUGCAAAAAAGCUGUCCAUGUACGGAGUCGACCUUCACCAAGCCAAGGACUUGGAAGGGGUGGAUAUCACUCUGGGAGUCUGUUCCAGUGGCCUUCUUGUUUACAAAGAUAAGCUGAGAAUCAACCGCUUUCCUUGGCCCAAAGUCCUGAAGAUUUCCUACAAACGCAGCAGCUUCUUUAUUAAGAUUCGGCCAGGGGAGCAAGAACAGUACGAAAGUACAAUUGGAUUCAAGCUACCGAGUUACCGGGCAGCAAAGAAGCUGUGGAAAGUUUGUGUUGAGCAUCACACGUUUUUCAGGCUGACUUCCACCGAGGCCAUCCCCAAGAGCAGGUUCCUGGCGCUGGGCUCCAAGUUCCGCUACAGUGGCCGGACGCAGGCGCAGACCAGGCAGGCGAGCGCCAUGAUCGACAGACCUGCGCCCCAGUUUGAGAGGACAGCGAGCAAGCGGGCCUCCAGGAGCCUCGACGGAGCUAAACGUGCGACUCAAAAAGUUGAGUUCAGAGCCGUAGAGGAAGAGAAGCAGGAGGAGGUGGUGGUGGUUGAGGUUCCCGAACCAAAACCCGCGGAUCAGUUCCGAGAGAAGCCAGCCAAGCACACGCUUGAAAAUUUUGAAAUGAAACCCAUUGCAGAGGAGGAAGAGGAGGAGGAGGAGAAGGUAGAGGUGGCUCAGGUUCCUGUUGCCAAGCCAAAGCCGCCAGAACCGUUGCAGAAGCGGUCAGCAGUGGCAGUGAUAACACCCGAGAGGAGCCCCCGGCCCACCUCCGCCCCGGCCAUCGCCCAGAGCCACCUCGCUGAAGCUGUCCCAGCUAAGCCCGAUGUGAAGGAAGCCAUCGCUGUGUCCAAAGCAGAAAAGGAAGCGGUGAAAGCUGAGACCAAGCGCGAAGAGAUCCCUCCGGAGAGAGCCAAGGCAGAGCCAGCUGAUGCAUCCAAGGUGAGGAAAACGCACAUUGAGGUCACCGUACCCACCACCAAUGGUGACCAGCCCCAGCAGCAGCCUGCAGAAAAAGAGGAAGAGCUGAUAAGAAUGAGGAAGAAAAGAUCAAAGAGACUAGAUGGUGAAAACAUUUAUAUCAGGCAUAGCAAUUUAAUGUUGGAGGAUCUAGAUAAGACCCAAGAAGAAAUAAAGAAGCACCACGCCAACAUCAGCGAGUUGAAGAAGAACUUCAUGGAGUCUGUCCCGGAGCCUCGGCCGAGUGAGUGGGACAAACGUUUGUCCACUCACUCCCCCUUCCGAACGCUUAACGUCAACGGGCAGAUCCCCACGGGAGCGGACGGAGUCAAGAAAGUCACUGUGCUAUCUUCUGAGAGACAGGUUGGUGGGCUCGAGCAGACACGGGAACGUCCUCUGUUAGUACAGGAUGAAGACAAACUAAAAAAGCAGGAGAUACCUACUGAGACAGCCUUUCCCCGGCAAGCAAGUGAAGAAACUCUUCCAAAGGUUUCUAUUCCAAUUCCUGAAGAGCAGAAAUCCCUCAAAAAGUGUCAGCUGUACUCUAGUAUUUUCCCUUCUCCGCGUAUUCCCUUUAUGAUGUCUUUUCUUGUGGUGAUAGCGCUGACUGUUUGGUGGCUGCUCUUUCUCUGAGUGGGAACAGGGUCACACUGAAACCUCAAGACCAAAGCUCCUGAAUCUCUCGGCCGUAGCCUCUGCUGCAUCUUCCUUGUCCUGGUCUUUGAUCUCCGUAGUUCGCUGUCCCGGGGAGGGACGCCCUGCAACGCUAGUGUUAAUCCCUCCGCUUUUAUUGUGUGGCUGUGAUCCGGGGCCUGGCAGGAGUGGUAAUGGAUUGCCAGAUCUAUUUUGACGUUUCCCAGAGCUCUGUGCACAGAAACAAAUUCUCUAAAUCGCGUCCCCAGUUUCAGAGGCUUCAGCUGUAAGAGGGCAGACUGAGAGCAUAAACGCGUGGCAGGGGGCGUUUGCCUCUGCAGCCCUUUUUGGCCUCGAGUAGCGGUUGCUGAAGACUUGCUUUUAAGCUCGUUGCUUUGAACGUAAGAUGUUCACAAGCGGAGGAACGCUUGAUAGCGAUCCAAAAGCCUGAAGAGGCUUCACAGCGAUGUGCUGAAUCUAAUCCAUAACCACUCCUUUUCUAGGAAACUGCGAUCGGCAUUUAAAUAAGAAGUGUUGAUUGUCAGCGCUGCUGUUAGUGUUAACUUACAGACAGGGACAGGCAACUUUUGAUUUUCCCAGCGGGAAGCCUUCUGCAAAGCAUCAGCUUCCCUCUCGCAGCCGCGUUCUCAUUUCCAAGAAAAUCCAUCGCGUUGCAGGAGAAAAUCCAUUAGAAGGAGCUACUGACUGUAAACAUUUAAUCAUUUUUCUGAACCUGGUGGUCUUGGUGCACUUCAGAUGUGUUUCCUAACUUGUGUUGAGCUAACUGAAGCAUGUUUGCUUAGGUCACGGGAAUGGAAUAACCUGUUACACGUCGCCCUUAGCAUGUGGACUUUCCCACUGUUUCGUUCCCCCCAACGUGUAAAAAGACGAUUGUGCUCAGGACACGGUUCUAACGUUAAAGCCAUCAGUUGUUUUGACUUCCUUAACAAACCCGUUGCAUGCUGCCUGUUGUUUAUUGCCUACAAAUGCAAAUGUCUGGAAAAAUGCUCUUGUUUAUCCAAGUUAACUUGAUAGUGAAUGCAGUCGAGCUGCGACAGAUGCGAGAGGAGUUGCUCUGCCAGGCUGAGCACAACAGGUUUGCGAGCUGGAGGGCAGAUGGGACUUUGUGUCUAAGGGGUUUCUUUUCUGUAUAUAGCAAUUACGGGGCUGAGCUGAGCCAACCGCUUCUCCUUCCAGUAGUAGUGUGCUUCCUGUUGCUUUCUCUAGAGCAGUGGUGUAGAAGCAGUUACUUCUGAGAACAGCCACCAGUGCCAUCGGUGUUGGCAGCUGCUCCAACAGCAUAGAAGAGAAAGGAGUAGAACUCUAUUACAGGGACUAAAAAGUGUGAAUAUAUAUAAAUACGUGUAUUUAUAACCCUUUGUAGAUCUGCAUCUGUGUGAACAGUGUUCUUUAGGAAGCUAGCAAAUAUGCUUACAGGUAAAAGACGCAAGACAAUUAAGGUAUGUGCGCAACUUGGCAUGUGCUGCCUGGGUGGAAGGAUCCUAGCAUAUCGCGGGCUAUUUGAGCUGUCUCUUGCUCUCAGUGUAUAGGCUGAGGCUCUCGAAACUCUGUCUCAGAAAUUUAGGUUGCAAGUGGACCCCUUCGUUUUGAUCUCCCAGGAAUCUUUCUGAUCCGACCGCUCCGUCCCCAGAUCUCGUCACGUGCUCCGAUGAGUUCACCAGUUUGUGCCUUUAGGACUUUGUUUUCUCUGAAUGCUGAUUUUCCCCGGAAAGCAUUCUUCCCUUUUUAAUACACUGCCUUUGAUACACGGUCUUCCUCUUUCAGCGGUAGAAAUAGCAGAAGGAAAUGGGUUGUUUGGUGCUGUACAGCUGCAGGUGUGGUGCAGCUGGAUGGAAAGCUGCCUGCCUCCUGCGUGGGCAGCAGCCGUGGCCGCUCGGUGAGAUGCAGGGUUCCAGCACUGCUCGGGAUUCCCGUGGAUGAGAUUCAGGAAGAUUAUCUUGUGAAAGCGGGCCUUGGAGAGGAGAGGUAGGGAAGCCGAGGAAGGAUGCUGAGGUGCUGCGUGCGAUGCAGAAGAUGCAGGAUGGAAAAAGCUUUCCAAAAAGUUUUCCCUUCAGAAAUUGGAGCAGUCGUAACAAAAAGCGGGGACCAUUCAUCCUCCACAGCACGACACGGAGAGGGAAGGGACAGGGGAUGUUCAAUCCUUCUCUGUCCAUUUUCUGUCCAUAUUUCAUGGAGAACAGCUUAAACAAGCACCUUUUAAAAAGCCAUUGCUCAGGUUAGCUGUCACGGUGCUGUUUGAGGACUGCUGCAUCGAGCACUCUUUGGGUUAUUGCGCACCAUCUUUGAACCGAUGACAAAUUCCUUGAAGCUGUAACAGCGGCUUUGGCAAAGCCCUGGUUUCUGCAGCUCUCUCUACCAUUUCCAAAGGACCUGAAGUCUAAAAUCUUUGCCCAGAGCAAUGUUUGAACAUAAGCAUUGCUCAGGAUAGUCUUAGCCCAGAGUGAUGAGAGAUGCACUCUGCUGGUCACUUCAACACAACUAUUUAAUUAAUUAGCAUGGUCUCUCUCUCACUUUUCCUUUCUUUCUCUUGAGAUAAGGCUGGUGGUCAGCAAAAAAAAAUUAAAUUUCACAUUCUGAGAAUGCUCAGGAACAUUUUUGGAAUUUAUGGAGCAGUUAUCACCGAAGAGUAUAAAGAAACUGAACAAACUCUCUCUAUUUCUCUGGCAGUAGAGGCUAGUUAUCUAUAUUCAUUCAGGUGGAUGUGAUCUUUUAUGGCAGGGAAAGACUGUAGCUUAUCAGGAACAGAAACCUCAUCUUGCCCGUGGCACCCUGCGUAGGGUCUCGUUCUUGUGCAUCAGGUAUCUCGUGCACGUUUGUGCUGUGCUGGUUGAGGCCCAGUUUCCCUGCUUUUGCCCGACGUCCACUCAGGUUGCUGGGUGUCGUGCAGGGGAGACUUGACGCGAUCUGGCUUAGUUUAAGGGCAGAGGUCUCAGGUUUUCAUAAAGGAACUGACGUGCACUUUGCUCCCUUCUUCCUCAGGAACAAACAGGCUGCGAGGUCCUGGCAGCCCACCUUGCCCCUAGCAGCACCACGGAGUGCUCGCGGUGGUAGGAUUAAAGCCCCCUGGUUGUGCGUGCUGCAGUUCCGCCCUGUUGCACUGACGGGGAGUGGUGGAGAACUCGGUUAUUUCAUCCAAAGGGAAGCUGGAAAUGUCUGCAGCAUGUAACUUCAUCCAGAUUUGCACGGGAAAUCCUGAUCCUUCAGUGCGACCCGCUGCAGAGAUGGCAUCUCGGUGACGCUGGCAUGCCAGUGACUUAGCUGCUAGAAGGCUGCCAGCCGUUUUGGUGUUAAUUAGCCUUCCCCAGUGCUUUGCAGUCCGACUGCUCUGCUGCAGGGACACUUUGGUGCUUCCACCUGGAUUCCAGCCAGCAGCUGGAGUAAGGGACCAGUCGAGGUUCAGUCCCUUCAGCUUUUUCCAUCGCGGAGCCGGGGGUUGGCUCUGCACUUUCUAUUCCGAAUCUUCUUCCCCUGAGAGCAGCUUUUUGAUCUCCAGAUAAGAUGCAGAAUGGUUUCGUGUGCUUUCAUGCUUGGAGAAAAGGUGGGUGUGAGUAUUUGGAAGCAGCAAGUGCUCCUGAGCCUGACCGAUUGCUUCAAACUCGGUUUCAACUCUGAGGCUGCAUUGGGAAUUGCGCUCUGUAUAUGAUGCUUGCUGGUGAUACCGAAGAGGUGUGCGUUCCUGUAAAACAAAACCCACUUUUCUUUUCCGUUCGUGAACAGCUAAAUGAGGGUAGACAGCUGGUAUUGCCUGCAUCUCUGCCUGCUGCUUUGCCCAGUGGGCCGAUCAAAGGGGAACUGAGGAAUCUCUAUAGGAAGGCUGUGUUAGGAUUCGGAGUUGAGCAUAAGACCAGUUUUCCUCCCAUAGUUUGUGCAGUAGCUGGUGAUGGCCCUAAAGAGGAGGAAUUCAGUAUUUGUGUCUAGCCCUGAAAUAAGGAGAGGUGGAUUUCCUUGGCAUUGCUCCUUUGCAGGACUGGCCUUGCCCUGUCUGCACCUCGGGGCUCCUCAGGAAGGUUUUAGGUGAAGCCUCUCUGUGUAAGCGGUGGUAAUUUGUCACUCUGAGAUGAUCCCACUGUUUCACUGGGUUUUCUUUUCCUUUUCUGAUCACGAGUUGAUCACACCUCUUCUGACAUAACCGACUGAGGUAGGAUGCUUUCCAGAAUAACUAAUCCCAAGGAAGAGUUACUGAUUCAUUUCAAAACAUUGUGGUCUAUGCUCACUAGUGCUGGUGACGUGGGAGACCCUGCCCGUGGCGUUUUCCCUUGUGUCCCUGUUUGCAUCUCUUGGUUUGUAAAGCUGGAGGGAAGGGCUCGCAGGCUUUGGGUAAAGGCUGUCCUAGGAGCCUUGGUUUGUGCCACCUUGGGACCUUCUAGCAGUGGUACGUGGUUGUGUUGGAUCAGUUUGCGGGGACUACAAAUACUUUCUUUUUUACCGACAACGCUCUCUUUUGGAACACUUUUUUGGCUUUGUAUUUUUUCUCAGAUUUUUCUUUGUAAAUAUGUACAUUUAUCAUUAAUAAAUGUUAUUGCAAAUCAGAUUCUUCUUUCCACUGCUUAUUAACAAAAAAGGCAAACGACCCGUGCUGUGACCAGUCGGACUAACUCUCGUAUUGCUUUCUCAAGCCAGGCACCGUCAGACCUGGAGCCGUUCGCAGCUGCCCCACGCGGUGGGGUUCAGGUGGGGGUCUGAGAGCCAGCACCGUGCUUGCAGCUGGACGCAGCUGGUGUGGGCUUCAGCCUGAUGUGCAGAGGAGAUGCAGGCUCAGGAAGAGGCCAGAAUAAUUCAAUUCAGGAUUAAAUCUGGCUCGGUUAAGAGCUUUGCUUGCAGAGGAGCCAAAAGGUCCAGCCCUCUCCUAAAUACUUAGUGAACACUGCCUUCUCACUUCGGUGACUGAUAGGUAAAAUACUUUGCAGAAAGUCUUUGGAGAGCAGCAGCGUCGUGGGUCCUGUGUUUCGGCGCUGCUCUUGUGCCAGUAGCUGCAGUAACGUCGAGGGGCUUUGUGCGCUGCUGCUCAGCGAGGAUCGUCCUGUGCCGUUGUGCCACUGUGAAGUCCCUGUGCUACAUACAGCACAACGCGGCGUUCAGAGCCUUUCCCCACGGCAUCGUAUUAAUUUGGGGAGAAAAAUGCUCCCUUCUGGUUUUGUGAGUAAAGAAACCACAUUCCUAAUUAACCCCUGCCUUUCUGCUUGGCUGCACAACACACGUCUCACAUGAAUUUUAGCUGGUUGAAGCUGCCCAGGUUGUGUCCAUGGCUAGAGGCCAUAGAGUCAUUUUUAAUCUUAGCUCCCAACUUUUCUUCUGUGAGAUUAUUUACUUUUGGCCGAACAGUUCGACUUACUCUCUCCUGCCGUGAGCAGUCAUGGGGAAGCGAGCCUGGCCCUGCUGGAGCAGCACCCAGCUCUGCUGUGCCCUCCCGAUGAGCCUGCAUCAGAGCAGAGCCCAGUCGUUGCCAAACGAGGCAGGCAAAAUGCAGCAGCACCGGCGUGAUGUUGGUUACAAGCCCUGACAGCGUCCCCGCUCUGUUUUCCACUGCUACAGCUAAACCAAAUCCGAGGCAGCGUUUGUGAUGCCACCCGCAGCUUUUUCUCCGCUGAGGGAAUUUGUGCCAAGCAAAACACAGCUCUGUGCAAGGGGAGCUGGCACCCGGAGGGAUGGGAAGGGUGGAGGGAAGAGGGAAGGGCUUUUGGAAACGUCUUCCUCAACAGCUGGAUUUUGGAAACUUAGGCGUCGAUCCGGAGGUGGCUCCGUGUUGCCAAGGAGUUGGUUGGAAGGGGCUGCUGUGUGUCGUGUAAUUUCUGGGGAUUCUUGUUCAUGACAGCAAUAUAACCCCUUCAUUAAGCUUAAAGCAUGCUGUGUAAGUCGUAGCAGGUACUGUAAAAUAAGGAUAUCGUGUUUUCUGCUUUAUAAUACUUUUUACUCAAGUACUUUGACAGCUGUGAGAUUGAGCACUCAUCAUUUGAUCGGGGAUUUCUUACUGGUGAGUGUGGUUUGCUGCAAAAGCAACUUCAUCUACUCGUGCAUCUGUAGACGUCACCCUGAGCCUGUUAGCUUACGUGCAUACUCGUUUGGGGAUAACCUAAUAACAUGCACCAGCCGUAGCUGUGGCAAUGCCCUGCUGAAGAAGAAGGCAGUGGGAAAUACAAAGUAGGAUUUAUGGCACUAAAUGGGGUUGUUGUGUGGAGUUAGCACGCACUGGCAUUUAAUAUUUUUAAUAAUUUUUAUUACAUGUCUUUGGUAAUUGACGGGUUGACUUCGUUUUGGCAGUCCUUAAGUUUCCUGUGAGACAGGAAUCUCUUGGGGGCUGAGGAUAACGGAAGUGUUACAGGGUGAGGGGCAGCGGAGCAGCAUGCUAGCACGGGCUGCAGCAGCAGUCCUGCAGGAGUUCUUCUGGAAGGGGAAAGGUGCGGAGCAAGGAAAUGGAACUGGUCCCUGGCAGCGCGAGGAGCGUGGUCAGGGCAGCUGGUUCAUGUGUGGUUAUAUCCCCAUCCAAAACAAAAGGUUCUCUAAAAAAAA